AUGUUUGCAUCUCAAUGUCACCAAAUAACUGGCCCAAUUCUUCAAGUGUUAAAGUCUGUGGCAAUUGAGAGUGAUCGUCUAAAACAUAAAUAUCGGACUUUUGUCAGCUGCGCUGCUGCUUCUUCGACCGUCUUUACAGUUCUUGUUGGUGGACUUGUGAUGCAUUUUUUGCCUGCCAAUGCAUGUUGUUUUACACUUGAUGCUGGUGCAGUACUUUUAGCAGCAGCUGGAGCACUUUUGGCAGCUGGUCUAAGUAUUGCAUUUGUCAUUGGAGCAAUUGAUGUAGCAGCAAUACGUACCUUGUAUGAUAAAUGUACAAAUGAUAUACAAACAUUAUUAACAAAAUAUAUGCCUUUUAUAUUUAAUGUACAGAAAAAUGUAGUUACGCAAGAAGAAUUAAACCAAGCUAUUAAAGAUACAAUCAAUACGUUCAAAAUAAAAGAAAAUGUAUGGGUAAAUGCAGAUACAUUAAAACAAUCAGCAGAUCGAGAGCUUGAUGUUUUGAAACAGAAGCAAUAA